GCCUCGCUUGACCUGCAGGUUGGAAAGGACGGCCCAGAACCUUGAAGACAGGUCAUCUCCCACCUUCUGAGGAUUGCCCACAGCAAGGUUUUGGAAGUCCCUCAUCUCCAGAUUGCUGGGAUUGACUUCUUGCUCAACUGAAUCACUCACUCAAUGGAGACGAAGAGAACUAAAGCUUUGUGCUGAUUCAUAUUUGGAUCAAAGCACUGGAGAGUCUAUGCCUUGUUUGUGCAAAGAACCUGUAAUAGUCUCCAUCCCUGAGAUUCCUACAACUGCUGAAGAUAAGUUAGAGGAGAAUCUACUUGGUUUGGAACUAAGUGAUAAGAUCUGUUCUAGUUUUGAAGCAGGGCUACUGGAGGUGUGAGUGACUAGUCUUACAAGUGGCCUUAUUCCAACUCCAGAGGUUCCCUCUUGGAACUCUGAGAUCCUUACUUUCUAUACAAUCCCAAAGUGGCAGGAAACAUGCCCACUCAGUCCCUCUUAGUGUACAUGGACGGGCCUGAAGUCCUCGGCAGUUCUCUCGGGCCCCAGGUGGAGAUAGAGGAUGCCGUGUCGAUGAAAGGGGCCGCUGCUGUGCCUUUUCGAGCUCCGCAAGACAAGAGCAUCAUCCAGCUAGAAGGGUACCUGCCCCUGGACUGCAUGUUCUGCAGUCAGACCUUCACGCACCCCGAAGACCUUAACAAGCACGUCUUAAUGCAACACCGGCCUACCCUCUGUGAGCCGGCAGUUCUGCGCGUCGAAGCAGAGUACCUUAGUCCUCUGGAUAAAAGUCAAGUGCGAGUGGAACCUCCAAAGGACAAGAACUGCAAGGAAAACGAAGACCUGAGCUGUGAAGUGUGCGGGCAGACCUUCCGCGUCGCCUUCGACGUGGAGCUCCACAUGAGGAAGCACAAGGACUCCUUCACCUAUGGGUGCACCUUGUGCGGGAGGAGGUUCAAGGAGCCGUGGUUUCUGAAAAACCACAUGCGGACACAUAACGGCAAGUCCGGGGCCAGGAGCAAGCUACAGCAAGGCCUGGAGAGCCCGGUAACCAUCAACGAGGUCGUGCAGGCACACACAGCUGAGAGCGUCUCAUCUCCUUACAAAAUCUGCAUGGUUUGUGGCUUCCUAUUUCCAAAUAAAGAAAGUCUAAUUGAGCACAGCAAGCGGCACACCAAAGACACUGCUUCCGGGAUCAGCAGUCCCCAGACAGACACACAGCCAGAGGGAAUGCCGUCUCCCAGGCAAGAGUUUCUGCAGUUUUUGAACUUGAGACCCAAGUGUCACCCUGAGACCACGAAGAAGCCUGUGCAAUGGAUACCUCAGCUCGAUCCUUUUACUACCUAUCAGGCGUGGCAGCUGGCUACCAAAGGAAAAGUUGCCGUCGCCCAAGAAGUGAAGGAGUCAGGGCAAGAAGGAAGCACUGACAACGAGGAUUCAAGUUCAGAGAAGGAAGAAUAUGGAGAAAUCUGGAGCGUGAGUAAAAGCCAUUCGGAAGGUUCUGGAAAGUCCAGAACAAACAAGGGCAGCUGCACAGGCCUCUCACAAGAGAAGGAGAAGGCCCGACACUCCCAUGGUGAAGUGCCUUCCGGGGAUGCGGAUGCCAAGGUACCCAGCAGUAAAGAGAAGCCGACACACUGCUCCGAGUGUGGCAAAGCCUUCCGAACCUACCACCAGCUGGUCUUACACUCCCGAGUGCACAAGAAAGACAGGAAGAUGGGCCCGGAGUCUCCCCCCACGUCUGUGGACGGAGGGCAGCCUGGGAUGAGCUCUCCAGACCUCACCACUUCCCUGGAUGAAAAUGGGGCCGUGGAGCGAGGAGAAGGUGGUUCUGAAGACGGAUCUGAGGACGGGCUUUCUGAAGGGCUCCCCGUGGAUAAAAAUGAUGAUGGAGGAAAAAUAAAGCAUCUUACGUCCUCAAGAGAGUGUAGUUAUUGUGGAAAGUUUUUCCGUUCAAAUUAUUACCUCAAUAUUCAUCUCAGAACGCAUACAGGUGAGAAACCGUACAAAUGUGAAUUUUGUGACUACGCCGCAGCCCAGAAGACAUCCCUGAGGUACCACCUGGAGAGACACCACAAGGACAAACAGGGCGACGCUGCUGCUGAGGUCAAGAGCGAUGGCCGGGGUCAGGAGACCGAGGAUGCGCCAGUGACUGCCGACGGCGCGCAGACCAAAAGUUUGAAGAGAGUUUUUGAUGGUGCCAAAGAUGUUAAAGGCAGUCCACCUGCAAAACAGCUCAAGGAGAUGCCUUCUGUCUUUCCGAAUGUUCUGGGCAACGCUGUCCUCUCACCAGCACACAAAGAUACUCAGGAUUUCAAUAAAAAUGCCGCCGAUGACAGUGCUGAUAGAGUGAGCAAAAGUCUCCCCCCUGCUUACGUGGACAUGUUGAAAAAGAGAUCCGCGGCUGAACCUCAGGCAAACUUCCUCUGUAAAACAGAAGUGGAUGCCACCCCUCCUCCAGAUGGCAGUGCCACCCAGAAUGCUGAAGUUGGCCCCAAAGAGAAGAAAGCAGAGGUGGCCACAGAUGGCCGGUACAAGCCAGGCGUGGACUGUCAAGAAAAGCCUCUAAAUCUGUCUCUUGGGGCGCUUCACAAUUGCUCAGCCAUCUCCUUGAGUAAGAGUUUAAUCCCAAGUAUCACCUGCCCGUUUUGUACCUUCAGAACCUUUUAUCCGGAAGUUCUAAUGAUGCACCAGAGACUGGAGCAUAAGUACAACCCUGACCUGCAUAAGAACUGUAGGAGCAAGUCUUUGCUUCGGAGCAGACGCACCGGGUGCCCGCCGGCUUUACUGGGAAAAGACGUGCCUCCCCUGUCCGCUCCCCACAAACCCAAACCCAAGUCUGCUUUCCCAGCGCAGGCCAAAUCUCUGCCACCGGAGAGGGUGAAGCAGAACCCCCCAGGGCCCGGGAAGGUCCCGCCGGCUUCAGGGAUAGACUCUAGCACUUUAGCCCCAAGUAACCUGAAGUCACACAGGCCACCGCAGAGUGGUGGGGGCCCCGGGGCCGCCAGGCAGCAGCAGCCUGAGAUGUUUUCUAAAACCAGUGUUUCCCCUGCACCGGAUAAAACAAAAAGACCUGAUGCAAAACUAAAACCUGUGCCAGUCACCCCUGGUCAGCCCGCCCUCGGUGCCAGUACCGUCAAUGGGUCCACCGACUAUCCCCCCAAGAACGACAGCCCGUGGGCUCCUCCAGGAAGAGACUAUUUCUGUGGCCGGAGCUCUAGCAACACCGCCAGCGCAGAGUUUGGCGAGCCCCUUCCCAAGAGAUUGAAGUCCAGUGUGGUCACUCUUGACAUUGACCAGCCCGGGCCCAAUUACAGAAGAGGCCACGACCUCCCCAAGUACCACGUCGUCAGGGGCAUCACGUCGCUGUUACCCCAGGAGUGCGUGUGCCCGCCAUCCUCAGUGUUGCCCCCCAAGCCGAGGUUCCUGAGCUCCGGUGAGGCUGACCCUCCGGCCAUGCUGACUGUUCACAAGCCCUUCGGUGGCCCCGGGCCGCUGUACUCGUGUGGACCCGCUAGCCCAGCAUCCAGCUCAGUGCUUGAAGGAAAGAGGCCUGUGUCCUAUCAACACUUAUCUAGCAGCAUGCUACAAAAGAGGAACUAUGAAAAUUUUAUUGGGAGUGUACAUUAUCGACCAAAUGACAAAAAAACUUGAUUUCCUAUUUUGGGGGAAAAAAAGGUCUUGAUGGAUGUAAGCGCAUACUCUCCAUGAAGUUACCCUUUGAGCAAGCAUAUGGUGAAAGCUACUGAAAUAAGCUGUGACUGUACUGUACAUACAACAGGAACAGAAAAGGAACACUACAGUUUUGUAAAGUUGUUCUGUUAACUUUUGUACCAAAUAGCAAUAAAAACUAGUCGGAACAGUUGGCUAUAUGGGGACUGGCGAUCUCUAUUGUCCCUGAAUAAUAUAUAUUUUUUUUUUUUAGAAUUGACCAAAUAAAUGGAUUCUUUUUUUUUUUUUUUUUUUUUUUGCAUACUUGAGCGCUGCUGAAAAAUCAUUUGGGGUGGGGGAGGGGGAAAGUAUAUAAUGCUUGCACCUCAGGUAAAAGCCUGUAAAUAUCUCCGAUAUCUCAGUUCUUAACCUGCCUGUUUAAAUACUGUGUGUAUUCCUUUUCUUGUUAUGUAGCUCAUCACUUUGAGCAGUUUUUCUACUUGUGCUCUUUCAUUUAAAAUGUAUGUUUUUUAAAAGAAAUUGUUAAUGAUUUGUAUCACGUUGAAUCCUCUGCAAUCUUUUGUUGUCUUAACAAAAUUGUAAUGGAAGUAUUGACUCUUCAAUUGUGUGUUGCGUGUGUUGAGGUCGACCACUCUGAACCGGGCACCCUCGUAUCGUAGAUGUCAGCAUGUCACUGAGGAAGGCGCCUCUUUUCUCUCUGUUGUCUGGAAGCCACCAGUGCCCUUCACUGAGGGUGCGGGGUGGCUCAUGGGAUUUCUCUAUGGAGAAGCAUUUUUUCUGUAGAGCAGCAGAUAUUGAACAAAUCUACCAAACUGUGCUUUGAUUUAUUUUCUAUCAAAUAAGCAUGUCUGGUGGGAAAUUUAGUUUCUUUUGAGCAUUUGCCUAAAUUGGUAUGUAAAAAGGUAAAUGCUAAACUAUACAUGUGAAUUACAAAUAUCGGGGUGCAAUUUUAAAAGGGGGUGCGAACAUUUUAGGUUUGUACUGGCAGUCUUGGUGUGCCGGGCCCUGGGGUUUGCUGCAGACCUGUGACAGUUCAUUUCCAGCCACAUUGGUUCUAAGUCAGGAACGGCCAGAGGAUCCUCCAGGGAGCUGGGGAGGAGAGGAGCUGUUUAUAGGCCUCGGUCAUUGUGAAGCAGCAUCGUUUUUCUGAGUGCACAUGUGACCGGGUUUUAGAGAGGUUAGCCACCAGCUGGUUUACUAGAUAUUUUAAACUUUUGUUUUCCUUUAAAGUGCUGUCUGUGACUGAGCUUACUCAGCAUACAUAGGUUUAGCAAUCAGAAAAUAUUUUAUGAAGAAACUGUUUCAAAAAGAAAUUUGCACUGUUGACUUUUUGUGCCCAGCUCUUCACCGUUAGAGCAAGGGUAAGUCCCAAAAGAAUCCUGAUAUAUAUUUUUUUUUUAAAUUUUUUUAAAUGCAACAUGAUGUGUCCUUGAUAGAACUCUGAACUCCCGUGGAAAGGGAGACGGGAUAUCAGAGCAGCCUGCUGGCGCUGGGCGAAGGGCUUCGUAUCAGGAAAGUGUACACUAUUGACCGUUCUUCCUGUUCACACGCUGAGCCAUAUGUACAUAACUAGAUUUUGUUUUCCUAGUUUUGCACUUUUAUAGCCUAUUUUUGAAGAUUAACACAUUUGCAAGAUGAUCGACUCAGUCCUUGCCUAAUCCAAUGAGUGUUGCAGAAAGCUUGCUGUGACCGGCAAUGUAAAUCUAAGAGGGGGAUGGAAUAAUAGAGGGCUGAAAUUUAAACCUGUAUUAAAAAAAAAAAAAUCACCAAAUCUAUUUAAAAAGAAGUCAGUUUGUGUUAUGCUGAAAUUUGGGGGCUUUCAGACUUCUCUUUUCUUACCACAUUUCUGAAUGCAUCAAGUAUCAAUUUUUUCUACAGCCCUUUGUACUUCAAAAUAUGUCUUUGUCCAUCAGUAUUAACUCUUGGAAUACUACUGGUUUUGUAUGUUUUUUUUUGUUUGUUUUUCCUUGAGACAACAGUACAUAUAAUAGAGGUACAAUUUGUUGGAUUUUUUGUUUAUGUAUUUAUUUCAUUCCAGUUUGAUUUAUUUUAAUUGUUGAUACUUAAGUUGUCAAACAGUAGACAUUACUUGUUUUAUUUAUGAUAUAUUUCAGCUUAAAGUUAUGUUAUUUUAUGGAUGUAAAUAUAGAUUUGGUGUUUUGCAA